AAUUUGAAUAUUGUUCAACUCAUUUUCCAGGUUCAACGAAGACUGUCAAUAUAGUCAAUGCAAUUACAGAGAGCAUCAGACUCAUUUCCACUGCAUGCGACAAGACUGCGGAUAUAGUUUCUGUGAUAAAACAAGAUUUGUUCAACAUACAGCACGACAUGAAAGACUGGACACAUUGAUGGGCGGUGACUUUCAACAGUACAGAGCAACUGUGAGUUGUGGACGACCUGACUGCAUCUACCCCUCAACUCUAGGCUCUGGACAGAAUAAGUCAUCACAUUUCCACUGCCUGAAGUGCGACUUUGUUUGCACGGACACCAAUAAGGUGGUGGCGCACAGGAGGCAGCAUCAGAAACUGGACUCCAUCAUGGCGGCUGGCUUCGAGAAGUUCACUCCAACCACUCCCUGCUCAGCGCCCGACACUUGCAUCCACUCCGGCAAGCAGACGCACUACCACUGCUUGAGCUGUCAAUACGCCGUCGUCGGCCUCAGUCAGAUGACAGCCCACAAGUACCGACAUCUCGAAUAGACCCUCAUUCGCAAACAUACAAACACAGAUGCGAGGAUGCCAGUGAAUUCAGCAUUUGUGAUUUGUUCAUUUGCAAUCAAAUAUAUUGACUUUGAGUUUGCAUUAAUGACAUAAUAUUGUAUACUUAUCUUGUAAAAUAAUUUCUGAAGUGAUCGUGAUCAAGUUGUGAAAUAUAUUGUAAUUAAUUCUGAGUAUCAGUUUUUAUGUUUAAUAGAUUGGUGAAGUUUCAUACAAUGAUUUAGUUGAAUUUGGUUUGUAUUUAUAAUGACUAUUUUUAAUAAUGAUUCAAAUCUAUUAACAGCUAAGAGAAUACAGACUAGUCAUUUGUAGGAGAAAUUAUGUCAAGUUUUCAUGGGAAACUUCCAUAUCAUCCAUAAUUGGAGUUAUUGUAAUAGAAUAAAGGUAUCAAAGACAGUUUGCUGACAAAAAAUAGAUUGGCUUGAAUAGUGUUACGAGAUCGGACAAGAUAAUUCGGAUAACUAAUGGAAAACUCGAUUUCCAAAUUUAUUGAAUCUGUCGGCUAGAGCUUAAGUUGAAGCAUAUCCUAUAAUUCUCGUUUAAUCCAAGAAAAUUCAAUCAACAGUUGUACAUAUUGUAUCAGUAAUUUAGAAAAUAUAUUAUAAUUAAACUUACUAUCCAAUAUACAUUAUACUAUUCAAAAAUGUAAUUUGAAUUCAUAGUUAUUUAGUCUGUUACUUUUCAUACAAGUGUUGUAAAUAAUACAUACGCAUGACGGAAAUUCUUAUGUAAAUAAGCAUACUUUUUACAGAUUUGAAUUUGUUUAUAUUAUUUGAGUGUUGUAGAAUGGUCAGCAAGCAAGAGUAUUCACGUUUAAUGAUAUUGCAAAUUUUAUUUAUUUUGAUGGUAAUCUUACAAAGAAAAGUCCAUCUGAUCUCUUCAAAAGUGUAAAAUAAUUUUCAUAUUUUUAAUGAAGUGAAUUGUUUGAGUAUAGGACAGGGGUUUUGACUGUAGAUGAGAAUGAUGUAAAUAAUUGGAAAGCUGUAUGGAUAGAGAUUUGAAACACAUUAUCUUAUUGUAGCAUUCUUGUAAAAUAAAUGCUCAAUCUUGAAUCAAUGAUUCAAGGGCUAACUGCAGUAUGAUGAUUUUAAUUUGAGUAUCAUAAAUUCCAGUAGAGGUACUAUAAACACAAUCAUAUGACUCAUAAUUCCUAAUGUAAAAAUGUACCAAGAAUUGCUUGCUUUCUUUCAAUGAGAUUACUGGGUGAUAUAUGAAUCAUUCCUCAUGACAAAGAUGUUCUUCAGAUAUUCUAGUUUUGGAGAGGUCCAAAACACGGAAUAUUAUUGAUGUGUGUUUUAAUAAAAUCACUAUAAUUGAAGAGAGAUUGUUGCAAGUUUAUUUUCCAAUUAUAAGAAAGGGAAUUUUUAAUUUGUUGUCCUGAAAAUAUCACAAUUAAGUGAUUGUAGCCCAAAAUAAUAACAACUUUUGUUUAAAACAUAAUAAAUAGACGAAAAAUAUCAAGGCUGUUUAGAUUGUAGAUUAUUAAAAUGUGAUAUAUUUAUUUUAUAAUUUUACAUACAUAUUUUUUCAUAAAAAAUCAUAAAUCAGUAAACAUUUUUUAUUUGGCGUAACCCAUAAACUCAAAAAAUCGCAUCAUAAACUGGAGUGAUAGUCUGGUCAAAUCAAAUAGUUCUCAUAAUAUUUAAUAGUACUGUAUACGAAUAAUAUAAGCUCAAUUAAUUUCCGGUUUUAAUCUGUUUAUUAUUUAUCGGUUUGAUUGGUAAGAAUUCUCUGUACCUAUUAUAUUAGUGCCUUUAAUAAGGUCCUUUUUGUACUGAAAGUGGCCAUAGUGAAUCAGCCUAGAAUCUAAAAGACAACCCAUUUAAUCGAUAUAGAGUGUUGUAAAAGAACGAAUCAGUCAUUUUAAUAAAUGUAAGUUUCUUUAAUCAGUUUGGAUUUAAGUGUCUAGUUAGGUCAAUAUUAGAUUUGAUAUUAUUUAUUUCUACUGUAUCAAUAUUAUUACUACAAAUUAGAAGCUAUCUUGAUUUGGAUUAGAAUUUUUAUGGUGCACAAUAUUCUUAAAAAAAUGGAGUGCCUUAAAAUUGAUAUCAUUAGAGAAUGGUCAGUUUUAUUAUGAUUCGUUUCCAUUAUUUCAAAUGUUUUCGAAAUAUCAACAAUUCCAUUAAUAAAGGAAAUAUAAUGUGAGCCAUUCAAUAAAUAAGCAGUAUUUAUGGAUAGUGUGAAAAUGUGAAAGAACGCAAAGAAAAAUUGAUUAAGAGAAAAUAUAUUAUUAUAUUGUAAAAAUAAGUAAUAAAUUGUUUUAUAACAUAAUGACCGACAAUCUUUUUCAUUCUUUCCAAGCAUUCCUGAGUUGUUCUCAUAAUUUAUUGAAAAUUUUCCACGUAUAAGGUACUCAGGUACAGUAUAACGUUUGACAAUCUAUAUCCAUGUUCAUUGACAGUUGUUUAGCUAUCAACCAACUAGUUCUUCUUCCAAGUUUCAAAACUGCAUUAUAAUGAUGCGAGGCUAAAGCUCCACUGAGAGAGUGCUUCACUAUGUUUUAUAUUUAAUGCUUUAUUUUUUCUCGAGAAUACUCGAGAGCAAUAUUCAAAUCAAUACAAUAAAAUCAAUGAAUAUAACGGUUUAAAAUAUGGAUACAACAUUGGAAUCGCAACCGCAAAGAAUUUUAAAACUGAUAUAGUGCAGUCCACUUCAUUUAUUUAAAAAAUCAACGCAAAAUUACAAAUUGAUAAUAAAUAAAAUAUAUUAUUCUAAAUAUACAAAAGAAAUCAUAAUACACAAAUUGAGCUACAAAUAAAUGGAGAAUUAUAGCCUAAAAGUAAGACAAGAAAAGUAAAAGAUGAAUUGUAAUGAGGUUUUUCCAAGUUGUAAAUCUGAUAAAUAAGGUUAUAAUGGAAGAAGCAAGGUGCAGGUAUCUGGUCAUAAUUAUGCGACAUAAUCUUUAUCACUGACAAUGGCUGAAUCAAGUUGAGUGUGAGAAUGAGGCAGAUGGUAGAUUGGUAAGGUGUCAUGAAAGGCGAGGGAGCAGGCAUCAACAAUCCUCGGCCCUUGGGUUCUCUAAAAGGCCUUGUCUGCCACUCAUGGAUACAAUCAAAGAAAUAGAGGAGACUAUGCUUAAAUGUUUCACAGAACAACUCUUUUUGUGAAAACACCCAACAUAUAUGGGUCUUGAAUUUAUUAGAAAUCUUCCUACUCAU